CAUUUGUAGUCUUUCAAACGUCCUGUUGGGUGUUGUAUCACCAACUCAGAGAAGCCUUCAAUUCCACCACGAGCAAUAGGUACACGCGUGUGCGACGCGCUGUCCGACCAAUCGGCCGAGCCUGGCCGCUGCCGACGUCAUGAUCUUCGACUGCUCAAGGCCCGGCCAACAAUUCUCAGCCUCCUUUGCUUUUUUUUCUUGCUAUGCUUCUGCGCAAAACAUCGGUAUGCCUUCUGGAGUUCUCUCGUACAUAUUAGAGAAAAUCACUCACUUUGGCUUCUGGGUCAGAAGCAAAGAGCAUCGGAUCCCUCGCCAAUCAACGCCUUACAUAGCCGUGCAUAUAGCCCCAAGAAAUAUUCUGCAGCCCAUUCUGGCAGUCGCACCAUUCUUUACUCUCACUCUGUAUCUAUUUCAUUUCAUAGGAGAGCAUAAGCAACUUUCGGCGCCUCUGAUACGACUGACGACCGCCCCGAAAACCGCCUCGAAGGACCACACACACAUGAAAUCAUUGAAGCUAAGCCUAUUGCACUGACCGGAUUCCCCAAGGCUGAGACCAAGGCUGGACCACCUGAUUCUUUUCUUUGUUAAGUGAUUUUUU